AUGGCCACAGCCCAGACAAUCCACCUGUCCCCCGCCGCGCACCCAGGCAUCUUCUCUGUCCCUGCUUCCGACACCACGACCGAAGUCGGAAUCACCGAGGCGUCCGCCCGCGUAGCGAGCGAGAUUCUGCAGGAUGAUCUUGAGCGCCACCAUGUCUUUUUCAAUGACUCGGGGUUUCACAAUCACACCGUCCACCAUAUCCUAAGCAUAUACGCGCUCGGCGCAUCCCCCGAGGAGAUCCGCGCCGCGUACGAGCGGGAUAAAGCGUAUCAGCGGGAGGCGAUCCCGGUGGAUGAGGCGGUCGUGGCGUCGCUGGCGGAUUCGGGCCGCUUUUUGGAGCUGUUGGGGCGGCAGAAGCAUUAUUCCAACUUUUUGAGAUUCUUUCAGAAGAGAAUUGAGAGGGAUGGCGUGGAGGGGGUGUUGAAGGAGUUUUUGUUUAAGGGUGGGGAGGAUGAGGUUGCUAGGGCCAUGUUGGGGAGGUUGUUUGGUGGGCUUGUUCACCCGUUUAUUCAUCUGGGGUUUGCGAUUGAGUUCGAGCAGCCGGCUAUUGUGGCUGAGGCGUUGGCGCAGACGGCUGUCCAUGAGGAUUGGACUGGGCCCAUGUUCUUCUGGCCGGCCGAGGAGAGGGCCGGUGGUGUCGGGAGACGAGGGGAGAAGAGUAUGUUGGAGAUUUUGGACGAAAUCCGGAAGGAUGAGAAGCUGGCGAAGUCGGUGCGGUGGGAGGAUGGGAAUAAAAUGAGGGAUGGGGUUUUGGCUCGAGCCGGCGAGGAGAUGCUCAAGUAUGCGGCUGAGUAUACGGUCUCGGCUGAGCAAUUGGAGGAGAAGGUCGCGGAGAUGAUCAACACUGUCGUGUACUACACCGGUGCAGCGCAACGCCCCUCCAAGCAGAUCAAGUUCGACUUCUUCUACCUCCACAGCCUGAAUUCCUCCAUCUUCUUCUCCAAGAUCAUUUCUCUUCCAUUCCUGGAUACGAAGACCAAGCUGCGCCUGCUCGAAUGGAAGGGUCGCUUGGAUCUCAUGCUCUACGUCUCGCGGGGUACACCGGAGCUGUAUCUCGAUGAGAUUACAAAAUAUCCAACCUCGCACAGCUGGGAAACGAUCUUCGCCUACUGCAAUCGGCUUCCGGAGGAUGAUGGCCAUCUGGCCAAGCUGGUCCGUGCCCUGGCAAACGGCGAACGGGCAUGUCGUCCGUUCGAGAACCAGCGCGGAUGGCCGGUCAGGGGGGACAUGUGGCUGAGGAUUGCCAAUAUGGGUAGGUCGUCAAACAUUGUUCAGCUCUUCAGCAUUCACGGUUGGCUAAUGGGAUCCACUUUAGCAAUGGACUCAACAUCCGACCACGAUCACCAUGCCCUGUGGGUCCGAUCCACCGGGUUUGAGGAAGCCUGGCGCGAAUUUGAUGGGCGAACCAAGCUAUAG